UUCACUCGAAGUAUUAACCCAAAUUAAUCAGUUGUCUCGACUGAAAGUAAAUAAUAAAUAGACAAGGAUGUUCAAUAAAUGAGAAGCGUCUAUGAAACUAUACAGAUCUAAUUAUAACGUUUAGUUAGCACAGUCUUUGACUUUAUUUCGUCAGAGUCAAUUUUUCAUAUUGAAAACCUAACCUAUGUAGUGAAAAUGGCUGAAAAGAAGUCUGACAUGUGUGAUCCAAGUAACAUGGAGGAUUUAGAUGAACUAGAGCGAUCUAUUCUCUCUCUAUGCGAGGAAGACAAUACUGAAGAAAACAUCACUAUAGUUAGAGUUGGAGAUACAGUCAGAGAAGAACAAUAUGGAUCCUUCCAUAUCUCGCCUGCUAAAUUAGCAGGAAUACAGCUUCCAGUAUGCGAGAAAAAGGAGUCCCUACUCAAGUCCAUCUUUCAUGGCACUCCUUCCAACUUAUCUCGACUUUCACCAAUAAAAGCUGAUAAGUUGUCUUGUGAUCUCAAUGUAAUGUCCCCAACAACACCCAUUACACUCAAACGCAAAUGGAGCAACACGACUAUGAUAAAUAAAUUCAGUAGUACACCUUGUGCCAAUGCUCCCUCUCUUCCAAAGAGAUUAAUACUGAAUACAAACAAUCAGGCAGCAUUGUCGUCAUGUUAUACUAUAAAUGAAACGAUCGAGGAAGAAAAUAAUGAAACCUUUGAGGAUUUGUUGGAAAGUGUAUCCAUCCUGUGUGAUAAGCCAUCUGAUUUAAAUGAUAAACCUCCACAUGACCGGCUAUCUACCUCAUCUUGUUCUUCCAGUAAUGUCAGUCAGAUUGAUAUGGAUUCCAUCUAUACAAAUCAACACUUUGUAACUACAGAUGAAUGCAGUGAUACCACUAUUCAACCAAAUUCAAACAUAGUUAAUGAUGAAAACUUUUUUAAAACUUUUGAUCAGACCGGCUCACCAUUUAGAGGUAGAUUUACAACAUUUAGUUAUUCCCGUCCUACUUUAGAUGACACUACCGACGAUGAUGAAUUGGAUUUGAUGGAUAGUGAUGUCAGUGUUGAUAUCUUAGGACUGGACAAUUUUAUCUUCUUGGAUAAAGAUAAUUCUGCUGAAAAAAACAUUACAGCAUUAGACGUAACUCUCGUCAGUGAUGGUAGUACUUUAAAAGAUGGUAGUACUAUAAUAGAAGAAACAAAGACCAACACACAAAUUGAUGAUACAACAUAUUUUGAUGGUUCAACUAUUCGUACCAAGAGAGAUGAAGGUUCCACUGUAGCAGAUAAUUUGACUACUAGAGAAACACAAGGAUCAGAACUGAAAGUGAGUGACACUGAAGCUGAAGACUCCAUUUCAACAGCAGGUUCACAGCCUUUGAAGCGGAAAUUAAAUGAAUUAGAAAUAUCAUUGUCAGAGUUCACCAAAAGUAGUACGGAUGACGAAGCCUUUCGAGAACCAAAAGCAAAAGAAAGAAGGAUUGAAUCCUUAGACACUAACCAAACUGUCACCAAAUCGCAUGCUUCAGUUACAGAAAUAUCAACAGAAGAUCAAACUUUAUCAUCUGAAAAAGAGGAUGAACUGCCUGUCAAACAGAAUGAAACAAUCAAAGACACGCCAGAAGAUAAUCAGACUGAUUCAGUGCAUGAUAAAGCUGUAGAAUCAAAAGAAAAAGAGACUCCUAAAACAUCCUUAGUAACAGAAAUUAAACAAGAACCAAGUCAGAUCCAAGUUGCUAUGAUCACGCCAUUGGUGCAUGAAGUUAGAAUUAUCUCCCCUCCUCCAAUGCCAGUCGACAGUAGUGAUGAAAGUGUUGUUGAAGUGAUAGUUGUUAAUGAAAGCAUUGAAGUUGUAGAUUUGACUGAUGAUUCUCAAAUAACUACUGAACAACAGAUCACAGAAACUAAUACUAUUAACAAAAGUGAAAAUCAGUUGACUUUACAAGCUGAAAAUGAAUUGAUUCGAAAAAUUAAGUCACAAUGGGGAAUAGAAAGUGUCCAUCAGUGUGACGAUAACUUAACAAGUAGUCGAUAUGCUAAGCGAAGAACAUCCAGAUCUGAUCCAUCAACACAAAAUAAUGUCAAAUGUUACCUUGAGGGAAGCAGCCGCAUUCCGCCUUUAUUUCAGGGUGAAAAUGAAGCUACACGAUCCAAUUUAAAUAAACAGGCUAGAACAAGGGUUCAGCAAGGCCGGUCGCCUUUCGAGAUCGCUGCUGGUAUUCAAGAACAAAUAUUAAGUAUACAAUCAGACUGUCAGAAAAAGGUAAAUAUGAUUGAAAGUGGUUCUAAUGUACGAUGUCAUCAUUUAACAAAUGCUCAUAAACAUCAAAUAACAAUGCUACGACAAAAGCAAAUAGCAGAAUUAAGAAAUGCGACCAGAUUCAUGGAAAAAAGUCCUAUGAAUGUAUAUGCUCAAUAUCGUAGUAUACAGUUAAGAGAGGAUCAUUUAUGUCAAAGAGAAAGUCUUCGUCGCAGGCACAAUGAUGAGAUGCGUGCUCUAGUAUAUGACAUUGAACAAGAAAAAAGCAAAAUUUUCGAAGAUGGUGAAAAUGUUAAAAAGAAUUUAGAAGACAUGAUAAAUAAAUUAAGAGCCACAACUAGUCAGGAUGUGGUAGAUCCUGAUCGUGUUCACACUACUAUUGACCUGUAUAAGGGUCCGUGUAAAUCAAAUCAUUAUAAACGUAGUCUUGUAAAAGUUUGUUUACCAGCUGAUAUAGCUUCAUACAUGAUACGUGAAGAUGAAAUGUACGAUAUGUUGUAUAAAUAUACAUAGAAUUUUUUAGUUUGAUGAUGAUACAGAUCAGUAAUAGGAUCACAAUGGUUGAAUAUAUUCAUAAGGUUUUAUAAGCAUGAAUGUUCACCAUAUAAAUUCAUCACUACUACACAUGUUGAGUUUAAUAGAAUUUAUAGGGCAUGUUAAAGGAGCUAAAUCGCUAACAUUUGGGACCUAGAAAUUGACAAAAGUAGGUCGCAACACAUAUACUGUAGUAUGAAUGUAUAUAAACUGAUUUACAUUCAAUGGUUCCCGUUUUUACUCCAAUUUCAAAUCAGUUAUGUUCGGCGAAAUAAGUCAGCAGUCUCAAGCGAGUGCAAAUUUCUAGCAUCUGGUUAUUCCAGUCUACAUACGCCGUUUGAUUUGGUGCAAUGUGUCUAGCCUAGUCCCUGUAGUCUCUUGAUACAACUGGGGCUGAAGCGCAUUAUGGUACACGAUUCGUGUACCAAUGGUAAAAUGUUUAUUUUGUCUUAAAUAUUGGAUAUCAAAAGCCCAUCUUUUUCCGGUAAGAUCACAACAUGAAUGUUGAUUUAAUUUGACAAAUAAAUCGUGUUUUCAAUGUUGAAGAUUUGGGAUGAUAUUGAGUUAGAGACUUAGCUACUUUAAGCCAUAUUUUUUUAUUAGUUGAGGAAAGAUCUGACAACACAGGACUGUCUUCAACAUAAAUCGAGGAGAAUGUAAACUCUAACCAUAUACACAUUUUGGAAAUACAUGUAUCUAGAUUUAUGAAGAUGGACAGAUCUACAUGUGGACACAUUUACAGGAUAGAAAAUUUCAAAAAAGGAGCUCAAGUAUAGGUCCAACUCCAACAGUAUUGUUGUUAUAGUGAUACUAAUUUAUGGCAAAACAUGAGUUAUUUAUUCUGUGCAUUUAGAAGUUUGCAAUGUUCCUUGUAUUAUAUGUUUUUUAUUGUUUUAUAUCUUUAUAGUGCUGUUAUUUUUAUGUAAUAAUUGGCUAUAAUUUGUUUGUAUGAAAUAGAAUGAGAAGUUUUGAAAGAAUGAAUAAUUUUUUUUGGUCUAAAUCUGGUUUAAAACAGUCUAUAUGGAUAUAUAUUUUACCAUUAUGAAUAUGAUUGGAAUAUUAAUUUCACCAUAAAAUGUAUAAUGAUUUGUUUUUGUUCCUACAUUUAAAGUCAGAAUAUUGGUGUCAGUGCUACUGUCGACCAUAAAAUGUCUUCUUUCUUUUUUUCGAAGGCUAAACAGAAUUUUGGGUUUCUGUCUGUUUUUAUUUGCCAACAUUUGGUCGUAUAUUGUUCUAAGCCCCCACCCCAUCUGUCAUCCACAAUAACUUUUGAACACUAUACAUACACACUGCAUUUAUCAUAUCUUUACAUUAGUGAGAUGUAAGAGUCUGUUGAAUUUCAAUGAAAUCUGACCAGCCCUUGAUCUCUUUAUAGAAUCUUGUAAACGACAGAAUUUAUCAUCCAGUUAAAUGAUAGUGAAAUGCAAAUUUCUGAUAAUUAUUUACAGAGUUAUUGCUCUUGAUUAUAUCGUAGAAUCUAGUCAGAAUGCCGAUAACAUAGAGUAAAACGAUUUUACUUUUUUAUUAAAGAUGUAUGUAAGAUCUAAAAUUGCCCAUUGCCAUACAGGUCUUUAUUUUGACCUCAAAUGUUACAUAAAUUAUUAGAGAUUUAUUCACAUUAACAACCCUCUAGACCAUGGAUGGUGCUGAUAUUUAAUGGAUUGAAACCUUAUUGCCAUUUAAUAAUUUAAUUUAUAAAUGGAUUAUCGAGACUUAGUUUAUUAACAAUGGUAGUAAUGAAUAUCGAUACUUCAAACACUGAUAACUUCACUCAGAAUAAAGUAAUUUGACUGAAA